ACCCUACUAUUACACUAAGUUUUGUCCCACGCCACGCUAGGCGGAGUUCAAACAAUCGUUCUCGUUUUUUGGACGCUCUUCAGGACCCCGAUGAUGUGGGGGAGGAGAAGGAGGAGGAGUUGGAGUAGGAGUAAAAAUCUGAACAUGCUAGUGGAUAUGAACAAUGUUUCAAAGAGCAGACUUGGAGCAAUCAUGAUAUUUGAGCUUCCAUGGCAGAAGUUAAUAGCUUCAGUCUGGGUGUGUGUUUCCCUGGCUUCCAAGCCAAUCUGUCUCCAAGUGUUAACCAAAAUUUGAACUUCUUAACAAGUUGUGCCAAGGGAGUCGCAGUUCAAGAUCUGUCCUCGAGAGAGUCGGAUGUGAAGAACAUGAACUGGAGUGUGAGUGCUUUCCUCACUUUCUUGGGGACGCUUUUAAGUCUCGGGGUGAUGCCUGCAUGGGGAUCUGCUUCUGGUUAUUGUGACGGGGAAGAAUUCCAUCUUCUUCCUGAUGCUAAUAUGACCACUAUCUUCUACCCUAAUGUGGAAAUCCCGAAGGAUUAUGAGAUCAACGAGCUGCCAAAUCGACGGUGUUCGAACAAGCCCUUUGUUCUUAACGUGAGCGUUAAUUUGGCUGACAUUGUGUCAAUCAACGAGAAGGAGCACAUGAUCACCUUGGAAACUACUUUGGGCCUUUCAUGGUAUGACAGGCGAAUACAGGUUCAUAUUCCCACGGAUGGGGGCCAAGCUCGCGAGUACAUCCUCAUCAAUCGCAAUCCAAUCGGCAGCAUUUGGUUCCCCGACAUUUUCCUUGACCAUGCCAAAGACAUUCGUCGUCCGUCCUACGGGAUCCCCACCACGUUUCUCCGGGCCUACAAUGACAGCAAACUUUACUACUCGUCGCGAGUCAAUUACGACAUGGUUUGUCACAUGAGCUUUGAAGACUACCCCGUGGAUACGCAAGUGUGCGACGUGCUCUUCGAGAGCUGGAGCUACACGUACGAUCGCAUGAUGUACAAAUGGGAUAUCGAGCACUCGAGUGUAAAUGAAAACAUUCGCUUGAAUCAGCACUCAUAUACCUAUAACUUUGACACAUACAUUGGCGGCUACAAGACAGCAUGCAAAGUUAGUUUUGUUGAAGAACGUCCACUUUCUUGUUUUCAUUACGGAUUUUGGACAGGUGAAUAUCCCGGUGUGAGAUUACGUCUAGUGCUCAAGAGAAAUAUCUCGUACCAUCUUCUGCGGACUUAUCUACCCUCACUGCUCUUUGUGACUCUCUCGUGGUUCUCCAUGUUUGUUCCGUUGAAUCAUGUGCCUGGUGAGAUGCCAACCAAUCACGCAGUGUCACGUCGUGUGGGAAUGGGGAUGACGUCCUUGCUGACCACAGCCACCAUGUUCGGAGCACUCACCAGUAAAACACCGCCCAUUUCGUACUCAACCAAAUUGGAUGUUUGGUUUGUGGCGUGCAUCACUUUUGGAUUCCUCGCUCUCUUCGAAUUCACCAUUGAAAUUGUGUACAGAUACUAUUGGCAAAAAAUACCUAGGAUUCCGCUGUUUAAAGAAAAACCCAACAAAUCGACUCUAACCAAACAAGAAAAAGCCAUCCGAACCGACGCCGUCUUAUUGCGGAUGGAGCUUUGGGGAGCUGCUCUGCUUCUCAUGGGCUUUAUAAUAUUCAAUAUAUACUAUUGGGUCGAUCUUUACCAGACCUAUACGCGACCGGUUAAACAAUUUACAGAGGAAGAUGUGCCCUAAACAAAGUUUGUUAUAUCUUUUGCAUGUUUGAUACCCGUCUCGUGAACAAGUAACCCGGUGCCUGAGAAAUUUAUCAUCGAAUAAAAGACCCAGAUAAA